AUGAAGGACACAGGAGACACGAUAGUCACCACGACGCAGCGCGUCGAUGCGGAAAACGAAAAUACACCAGACGACUCCCGAGGAAACGUUGUCGUACAGCCCGUCAAGACAUGGAAGGGCUAUCUGUGGGAUACAUGGGAGCUCCCCCCCGACCAGCGCUGGCUCCUCUUCAAACUCGACGCCUUCGUCCUCACGUUUGCCUCGAUCGGGUACUUCCUGAAGAACAUCGACCAGUCGAAUGUCAAUAAUGCUUUUCUCAGCGGCAUGAAGGAAGACCUGGGGAUGUAUGGGAAUCAGCUUGUAACAAGUACGUCCAUCUGGACCGUCGGCUAUGUCAUCGGGCAGAUCCCUUCCAAUAUACUGCUCACCAGAGUCUCGCCGCGAUGGGUGAUCCCCUCGCUGGAGGUAGGAUGGGGCAUUGCGACCGUCUGUACAUCGGUCGUGAAAUCAUACCGGAGUCUCUAUGCCCUGCGCUUCCUGGUGGGGUUAUUCGAAUCAGGCUUCUACCCGGGAAUCCAUUAUCUACUCGGGUCGUGGUACACGCCACGGGAAAUCGGCAAGCGGGCUAUGGUCUUCUGGCUGGCUGGCUCGAUUGGUACUCUAUUCAGCGGUUUCCUCCAGGCCGCUGCAUAUACGAAUCUAGACGGGACAAAUGGGAUUUCAGGCUGGCGCUGGCUCUUCAUCAUCGACGGUAUCAUCACCCUGCCACUCGCACUGGCCGGCUAUAUUUUCUUCCCCAACAUGCCCCAGGCGGGCAAGAAAACGUGGUGGACGAGCCAUGAAGAGCAUCUGCUCUCCGUGGAAAGGAUGCAGAGUAUCGGUCGUGCUGGCAAGCAGCCUUGGACCAGGGAGAAAGUACAACGGAUCUUGCUGAGUUGGCACACGUAUCUUCUUCCGUUGCUAUAUAUCGUCUGGAACAAUGGGUUUCCCCAGGCCGCUAUGGGAUAUUGGUUGAAAAGCUUCAAUUCGAACCCUCCCCCGGUUCCAGGGAAGGCGUAUUCCGUCGCGCAGAUCAAUAAUUUACCCCUUCCGACGACUGCCAUUUUCAUCGUCAUGGCCCUGAUCUGGGGCUGGCUAUCCGAUGGACCCUGUCGAGGCGCUCGCUGGCCAUUCAUCUAUGCCGGUGCUGUCAUCACGCUUAUCUUUUGCAUUCUCCUGCUCAAGGUCCCCUUGUACUCGAAUAUCAACGGCCGCAUGGUCAUCUACUGGCUUAGCAACAUUGGCAACGGCGCAGGUCCCCUAAUUCUGAGCUGGAUCAACGAGAUCUGCUCCGACGAUACGGAAAAGCGGGCCCUGCUCGUUGCCAUGGCUAAUGACCUUGCGUAUGUCGUUCAGGCCGUUGUGAGUUUCCUUUCCCUCACUUUUAAAGACCCAGGACCUAACGAGCUGGAAUCCAAGGCCCCCAAUUUCGUAUGGAAGACAUCAGCUUUUCCUCGAGCGGCCAAGGGGUAUAGCUGGUCCAUUGGACUGCAAGCGUUGCUCAUUGUCGUUACCGCUACCAUCCAGGUGCUAUUGGCGCUGGACAGAAAGAAGGCAGCCAGGAAAGAUGCAGAGACCGCGGCCGUACAGCCCAUUAAUAGAUCAUCUCUUGAGGCGGAGGGCGGUGCUAAGCUGGUUAGGGUUUCCGAGGUCAAAUAUAUUGGCCCGGAGCAGGUUUCAGAAUGA